AUGCUUGGCAAAGCGCUUGAGAAAGUGUCUCGAUUCGCCUUCACGAAGAAUCGGGGAGAUCGCCCAGAUGCUGAGAAUGUCCUGGUUAUAUUGACCGAUGGACAAUCAGACGAUCGGAUUCGGGAGCCAGUUGAGGUCGCCAAGAAACAUAAUUUGACCGUGUUAGUAAUCGCCACCCUCGAAGCAAACCCGCAGUAUCUUAUGGAUCUGACUGGUACGUGGGUUUCAGCACUUUUUACUUCUGUUGACGCUGAACUCUUUCUAGAGUUUAGACUGACUUACUUCAGGAAACAUGAACAACGUCUUCCAACUUCAUACCGACAUCAAAGAAUAGCCUCUCGCACAAGCUCGCUGCACGCAUCAAUUCAAUCCAAACAGGCACGUUUUAUCCUUUGA